GGGGCCGGGGCGCGCUAUGGGGACGGAGCGGCCCGAGGAGCUGGGGGGCGACGCCGCCACCACAGCCGCCGGCCCGAGGCGCGUCGAGGUCCCCCGGCCCCCAUCUAUCGAGGAGUUCACCAUCGUGAAGCCCAUCAGCCGCGGCGCCUUCGGGAAGGUGUACCUGGGCCGCAAGGCGGGCCGGCUCUAUGCCGUGAAGGUGAUGAAAAAAGCAGACAUGAUCAACAAAAACAUGGUUCACCAGGUCCAGGCAGAGAGGGAUGCACUGGCUCUCAGUAAAAGUCCUUUCAUUGUGCACUUAUACUACUCACUUCAGUCAGCUAAUAACAUCUACUUAGUGAUGGAGUACCUUAUCGGUGGAGAUGUCAAAUCUCUUCUCCAUAUUUAUGGAUAUUUUGAUGAAGAAAUGGCUGUUAAGUAUAUUUCUGAAGCAGCAUUGGCCCUUGACUAUCUUCACAGGCAUGGGAUAAUCCACAGGGAUCUGAAGCCAGACAACAUGCUCAUUUCUAAUCAGGGCCAUAUAAAGUUGACAGACUUUGGGCUUUCCAGAGUUACUCUGAACAGAGAGAUAAAUAUGAUAGAUAUCCUUACUACACCAUCAAUGGCAAAGCCAAAGCAGGACUAUUCGCGUACUCCAGGACAAUUGUUGUCUCUUAUCAGUUCUCUGGGCUUUUAUUCUCCUGUUGGAAUGAAAAUACCGGCGCACAAUUCAAGUCAAUCAUCUGACAGUUUGCAUGGAGUGGUUUCUCCCUUAUCUAUGGUCCAGAAGGAAAAUACUCCUCUUUCAACUAAAUUAUUCAAAACACAUCUUGAUAAUUCUCAAUUAACGCCUGUGAUGCCAGCAAGAAGUUUGACUCCUACUCUACUUCAGUCAAGAAAGAGGUUUGGUCCUUGCAGUGUUAGUAGUGAGUCACACGCACACCUGUCCAGUGUGGAAUCAGAAUGCUGCAGCAGCCCCAGGCAGGAGAAAGAGGUAGAGCACAGUGAAGAUGAACCUAGUUCUGCAACAUGCAAAACAAAUAACAGUGGGUCAGCUCUCCCUUCGAACGUUGAGUUAACAAAUAGCAAAAGUAUUGAAGUUUUAAAGAAAAAAGAACUCGAGUCUGCUGUUUCUCCCAUUGUCAGAAAUGAUUCUGGCUGUAGGCAGAAGUUGGGAAGUGAACAUUCGAAUAUAACAGAUACAUAUUCUUACUGUGCCUUUCACAUCCAGUGUGGUUAUGGGAGUAUUUCUGAAAAGACUUGGGAAGAAAACGUCUGUGUAAAUAAAAGAAAGAUAACUGAUGAAACAGCAGAAACUUCCAAUCCCCAACAGUCAUCUUCAAGGCAGAAUGAGCCUUUCAAAGAGGAAGAAAUUUUUGAAAAACCAGGUGUUAAAAGAGGCUUUGAAUUAGUUGAUACCAGUCCUUGUCAGGAACUUAACUAUGUUAAAAAAAGCAACGCAGAAUAUAAGCGUGGCUGUCAUAUCUCAGAAUUUUCAGCAAACAAUAGGACGGGUUUGACAACAGAAAUUCAGUCCUUAGUGGUCUGUAAUGAUGGAUGCCCACAUGACACCUGCAAAAGCGAGGAGGAAGUUAAGUGUUCUGUUAGCAACCAGCAAACAGAAAGAUCACUUACUCCAACUAUAGCCAAAAAUCUUAUGUGUGAUCUGGAUGCAGACUACAGAAAGGAUGAUGAAAAGGAGUACAUGAACUCAAGUUUUUUAGACACUGACGAUGAAAAACCUUUAGGAAUCCUCAGUGCAGAUUCUGAUGUAUUUACCGACGUGUCUGUUACAGAAAACCAUUUAGAAAAGCAGCUUUUAGAUUUGGACAAAAGUGUUAAAGACCUCUCCUUUGAGGAGCCAAAACCUGAAGGUGCGCUGAUAACAUCACCAAAGUCUCAAGAUGCUUCACGAAGUGGAGAGGAAGCACAUACAGUCCAGGACUGCAAGCUGUUACAUCAUGAGAAGGAUAAUGACCAGAAACACGGGGAAGGAGCUUACCUUAACACAGUAUCUCCUCCUUCAGAAAAGAUGAUGGAAGCACUGAGUCUCUUAAAAAAAAAUGCUGUUGUUUUUCGAAGUUAUAAUAGUCCAAUUAAUAUGUCCAAUGUAUCUGAGCCGUGUAGCAUGGCUUCUUUAGAUAUAAUGGAUCUUUCACCUGCUUGUAGUGGCUCUUACCCAACGGCUAUCACUCCGUCACAGAAAGGAAGGCCAUAUCAGACCUAUCAGACACCUCGUCAGGGGGAUGCUGGCACACCAUAUCGGACUCCGAAGAGUGUAAGAAGAGGAGCUGCCCCAGUAGAAGGUGAACGUAUCCUAGGGACCCCAGACUACCUGGCACCAGAGCUGCUUUUGACAAAGCCUCAUGGGACUGUGAUCUCUGGUUCUGCUGUAGACUGGUGGGCCCUCGGAGUUUGUCUGUUUGAGUUUCUAACUGGAAUUCCACCUUUUAAUGAUGAAACACCAGCACAGGUUUUCCAAAAUAUUUUGAAAAGAGAUAUUCCCUGGCCUGAGGGUGAAGAAAAGCUGUCUGAUAAUGCCCAAAAUGCAAUAGAUAUUCUUCUAACAAUUGACACUACUAAAAGAGCUGGACUGAAAGAGUUGAAACAUCACCCCCUCUUUCACAGUGUGGACUGGGAUAAUCUGCAGAAUCAAACCAUGCCGUUUAUACCUCAGCCGGAUGAUGAAACUGAUACCUCUUACUUUGAAGCAAGGAAUAAUGCUCAGCACCUGACUGUGUCUGGAUUUAGCUUGUAGCAUCAAGAUAAGUGAACAUUCUCCAUGGUUUUGCACACUUACAGGUUAUCUGGUAACACUAGCUUGGUCUUAACUAAGUUUCCUUGCCAAAUUUAGUGUGUUUUACAUGACCAGCCUUUUUAUUAUAGUUUCCUUUAUUCUAAAGUGAAACUAUUGUAUGUAACUGGUAUCAAGUGCCUUUUGUGGGCUCACUGCACCUUACUAGGAAGCCAGAACAUUGAAUGUCUUGGAGCUGGUAACUCUUGACAAUGAUGGGGCUUUUGCAUAGCAAUGAGUAAUUCCAGUUAGGAGGUGUGAUGUUAUUUCCCAGCUAAACAUAAUAUGGAAAGGACAAAAAUGCAUACUAACUGUAUCUAUUGGCAGUUUGCUGUGAUGACAGGCUGGGUUGGAAGCAUUCCUUUAACUCUGUUAAAUAAAUCCUCUGCUCAAAUUGUUGCAUUGUAACCACUUGGGCUGUACGAAGCUGGACUCAACAUACAUUUUAGCAGUUACUGGUUUUACCUAGAAAAUGCCCGGUGUGUGUGUGUGCUCAUUGGUGUCAGAUGUCAGCUAACAGGUGAUUUUGGUUUUUAACAAGUGAAGCAGUAUUCAUACUGAAGCUGCUAUAUACUGAAGACUAUUAUGUACUGCAAACUCACAGAUUGUUCUGCAAACUCACAACGAGAGCUUAGAUUUUUACUAGAACGUAAGAUAGAAGUGUAUAUUCAGUAUUAUAAAUCUGAAUUAGAUUAAAGUAUACUUAUCCCUAUCUUUAAAUGCAACACAAAACUUGUAUCUGCUAGGUUUCAGAGGUUUAUUUUUAGAUAAUGCUGUUUAAAUAAUCUUCAGUAUUUUUGUUGCAUAGGUAUCUUUCUCUGCUAACUGAAUGAAGAUUUUAAUUUUUCAAGUUUGUACUUGUUAGAUUAAGAUCACUGGCACUAAAUAAUGAUGCUAGCCAAGGGCCAUGUGCCAGCUGAGCAUUUUACUACUGAUUUUUGCCAAGUGGCAAAAGUAGUUUCAUGCACUGACCCCUUUUGUAGCAAUAGCAAGUUGUCCUUUCAUUACCCUGCUUCCUGGAAGACAGGAUUUAUUGAUGCAAUUCUGAGCAAACAGUGUCUGCUAGGCUUCCUGCUGUCCCCUCAGGUUGCUGGGAAAAGAAUGGGAAAGGUGAAGAAAAUGGAAGUUUCCUAGAAAAACCUAAAGAGAAGCGAUUCUUAAGAGCUCAAAAUGACCAAUCCCAGCUCUAGGUAUGAUAACUCGGACAUGUUGUAAAACAUACAGUGAGUCUCACUCCUUUUGCUAAGGACUGCAGUUUCAGAAAACUUCUAAAUUGUUCAGUCUCUUACCCCUGUUACAUGAAAAAGGUGCCAACAAAUGAAUGCAUUACUGAAGCAAUAUCCAUAAACAAUGUUCUCUGAAUGUGAUGAGAAAUUCUUUGGUGGUUUCUGCUGUACAGUUGAAAUAUAUAAACUGGGGUAGGAGGGAUACCUUAGGUUAUGUAAUCACUGGUGUUUUAUUUAUAAAUUUAUUCUUCCAUUUCUAGUAAUCUGAUUUAAGAAAGUGAGUCUUACAAGAAUGGACUACGAUUACAUGUUGAGUAAAUAAUAUAAACUGAACACCACACCAGCUCUUUAUCUUCAGUGCUUUACAAAUGGUUACACCUGUUCCCAUUUUGCAGUAUAACAUGUUCCCAUCAAGGUGGAAAAAACUUGUUGCAGUGGUAUGGUCUUUUAAAGAAAACCUCUAACCCCUUGAAACAGUUCUGAAUCAGUCACAAAGGUCAAGUAAGCUUCUGUAAAAACCUUAUUCUAAAAGAAAAUUGUUAGUUUUCUACCUGUUGAUUAAUGCAAUACAAAAACAUAGAUUCUGUAAGAACAGUAAAUAGACCAACAGACAAAUCCAAAUAUUUAGUAUAAAGUUACCACUACAGUGGUGUCCAAAGCUUAAAUUCUGCACCAUCAGCACUGAAGAUGUGCAAUACCCCGUUCUCGUCAGUAUCUUGCAUUUAUCUUGGUUAUAGCAAACAUGGAGUUGAGUGUAACAUGUUGAUUGUUGGGGUUUGUGGUGUGGUUUUGUUUGUGGUUGGUGGUUUUUUAGCUUUGUUGUUCAACAUGGAAUUCCUUGUCAACUCUUAACUCUCAGUUUUGCCCCACUUGUUGCAUCACUUGAAAUACUACAGGUAAAAGUGCAAAAAGCUAUAAUGUGGUAGCUGGAAGAGAUUAAAGGUUCAUUCUCAUUAGUAAUUAUUUACAAAUAAUUAAGUAAGCUGGCAAAAGUUUCUGAUCCUUAGAAGCUGUGGAACAUGCCACUUUGCAAGUACUCCAGCUGUUACAUGGUGCUUCCUGAAGGCCUAAACUUGAUGUGCAUGACCUACAUAUAAACUGUAGCUUCCAGUUUAUCUUGGGAGACAGUUUACCUGCCAUUAGCACAGGCCUGUCCAUCUAAGAACUACUGCAGAGAUCAGUGUCACACUUUGUUAUACAGAAAUAGCAGUCUUGGACAGUUACUCCUACCCCUUACUUGCUGUGGGGCUCCCCUGUACAGUGCAAUGUUCGGGGGCCAAGAUGCUGAAUGCCCUGUGUUAUUGAGUUAGGAGAUUCCGAUUUCAGCAUGAUCUGGUUUACCUAUGGUUACUCUUGCAAUGAAAUGCAUUCUUUUCCUCUCAAAAAAAUUUACUUUGCACGUUUUGUGUAAAUAUAUUAAAAAAAAAUGUUGUAUUAAAUAAAAUAUUGUUGUUCUUUAAACUGGUAUACUUUUGACCCUGCUGGGAAUGUGGGAAGUGGAUUUCACACAAGGAACUCCAUUUCCUACUACCUCAGCAAGGAGUGAUUUUUGUGUAGGGAAAUAACAAAUACUUUCUAGUACAGGUGUGUAUGGCCUUCAGUUCAUAACUUGCUAACCUCUGUCUGCAGUCUUUAGUAGAAGCUACAUUUGUGUACUUAAUAGCAGGAGAGCAAAGUCCUAAGCUGGCCUGUAAUGCCUUCUGGGACCCUCCUCCUCCUCUGUGGUAACUAGAAUGAUUCAAAAAAAAAGAUGGUCAUCUCCUCAGCACUUGCUGUGCUGCCACAGGAGCAGAGGAGGAGAAGAAACAAGGCCCUGAGCAUGGAACAGCUGCACCACGCACACACAUCUGGCUCUGUUUUGGUUCUAUUAUCAACAUUUAGUGGGUGGAAUGUCUCCAAUCUGGUUUUAUACAGAGCUAACCUCUGCUUUUUAAAUGAAGCUUGACUCACUGCAGGAAACCAGCUUGACAUUUGCUUCAGAAGUGCAAUUUUGAGCUGGGCGAAGCUGUUUCAGUGCUGUGCAGAACUGCUUUGACUGCCAGCCCUCCUGAGGAGAGCACAGGCUUGAACAAUAUAUAGCAGUUCUGAGCUCCAGUGAUCUGCUUAUGCCGCUUCCUCCACAGUAAAGCUGUGUCUCUUUGUACCUGGAGAGGUGAUUUAAAAAAAAAAACAAAACAAACACACAAGUUUUCCUUACCUUUAAUCUGAAAUACCAGUUAACUAGGAAUCUGUUCCAGUCUCAGUGAGUUUGAGAUAACCCUAGAGGCUGAGGCCCAGUUCUGAGUUACAAGUAAAUUGUUAUAAAAGUGAUGAUGUUCUGUAUUACAACUUUUAAGGUUGAGACCAAUUCUUCAUGACACAGCCAGCAGGCUCUUCUGUACACUCCCAGCAUCCAACGUACACCAUUUAGUAAACAUUAAGAAAGUUCAAGAUAAAAUACAAAAUAUUAAGGGAUUGAUUUAUUGAAACAUGAAUAAAUAACAAGGAUAGUACAUGCCCACAUUUAUUUCAGUGGGAAGUUAACGAUUAAGUACCUUUGGGAAUGUUUGUCCCAUCUCUAAGAGCUUGAUAUCUAUGUGUAACAUGGCUCUGAGCCAGGGAGGCUCUCCAGGGUGCUUUGUCCUGGCAGAAGACAGGACAGGGGGGUUAUUUUUCAUGUGACCUUCAAGCUAGACUAUCCUUCCUGUAUGAUUUAUAUCUUUUGUGGUAAAAAGUCAAUCACUCUAGAAACUUUAAGCUUGGGCACAAGGGCUUCAGGUCACAGCAGCACUUCCCUUCCAGGAUAAGCUUUGUUCAAACCUGAGUUUUCAGGGUAUCUCAUGCCAAAAACUCAUCUCUGGCACACAGAACCAUCUAAUUGUUACAGCAGUCUUCAAAGAGAUUACAACCAUUUUAUUUAAUUUUUAAUUCAGCUUUACAGUAAGAAAAUCAGAAGAGGGGAAAUGUAACUAAAAAAAACCCUGCGUGUAACUAAAAAGAUUAAAAUUUCUCUGGUAAAACAAA